GAGAAGGAUGGUGUGAAAACGAAACCAUUAAGCCCUGCGUGUCUGUUGUGCCAUGCCCACUCAUUCAGGGGUAUAAAGAGUUAAUACCCCUAACGCGCUCUUUUUUUGCCCUGCAUGGUCCACUUCAGAAGUAGAGAUGGUGGUGCUUUAUGUCUCAGGGCUACUGGUGCUGUUCGUCAGCAUAGUAAGCACUCAGGAUCUCCGAGGCCCAUAUGAAAUGGAAAUUCGGGAAAAUGGAGAUCACCCAUUAUGGAAACAACUAUCUUCACUACAGAAGGAGAUGGAGAGCCUGAAAUGUGAACAAGCCGUAUUAAAACAGAAACAAGAUGCCAUAGACCAGAUGCUGAUCAUUGAUGAAAAUGUGACCUCGUUGACAGAAGGUAGCCGUCCUCAACUGUUAAUUCCGGCACACCUUUGGCUGAACGGGGAGGAUGAAGAUGACGGCGAAGGUGACAGCAGUCCCAACGUUGACCCUUGCUACCGUUACAAAAUACUGGACCAGGCCUGGAGGGCCACCAACUACACCACCAAGGGUGUCAAGUGUGAUCGUCAGGUUAAGUGGCAGGGAUGGUAUCGCCUCUACUACCGGGGCAGGAGCAUCCAGAUGCCGGAGAAGUGCAUCAAAGCGAACCAUUGCGGCACCCACGCACCGCUCUGGCUGACCCAGGCGCACCCAAAGAUACGCGACGGCGUUGUUACUAGAAAAGUAUGCGGACACUGGAAGAACAAGUGCUGCGCUUUCAAAUCCAACCCCAUCCAGGUCAAAGCCUGCCGCGGUAACUAUUAUGUCUACAGAUUUGUCAAACCGACAGCGUGUCAUCUGGCUUACUGUGCAGAUGUUAACACUCUUGUGUGUGGAAGAUGCGGAAGCAAUCAGUACUGUGUGAGCAGGGACAAGAUCACUUACAGUUGCGCAGCAAAGCGUCGGAAAAUUAAAAAACAAGUCAUCCACUUCUUCGCCUCGUAUCCGGGGAGUCUGAGGGGAAAGGUGAACCGCAUCAGAUUCAGUAAAGUGCUGGUUAAUGAGGGUAAGGCCUUCAACAAAAAAACUGGCGUGUUUCUAGUGCCUGUCUCCGGUGUCUACCAGUUCUAUUUCUCUAGUCAGUCCGGGGGUAGCGGCAAUGCAACCAACUUGUGGCUGGUCAUCAACGGUUACUGGGUUACUGUCUCACAUUCAGCUGUCAAGAGCCCUACUUCCGUCGGAAGUCUUAACACAUACAUGACGACCCUCCGCAAAGGUGCUCAGGUUUAUGUGACUCACGUUACCGGUCAGUCCUGGGCAAACUCUGCAUCAAAUACCAUCACAUUUGGUGGUUCUUUGCUGAUUCAGAAGAAAUAAGAAUAAUGCACAAUAUAGUUUGGUUGUCUUGCACUUUUUUCCACAUGUAUCUGAAAAGGUGAUUUCUAAAUUGUUUUAAUACACGUACAUCUUACCUGUGCACAUAGUUCCAAAGAGGUGGCUACAACCUGCGGGUGGCAAUUAUUAUUUCUAGAAAAUUAGCAGUUAACACAGCUCCCUUUAAAUUCAGAAUAAGCUACGGAGAAACAAAGAAAAGCCCUGUACGCAAUCUUCAGUUGUCUCCAGUACACGUGUCCUCAAUGUAUUUGUAUAUUGUUUGCUUUGUGCCUGAUUGGAUGUUUUGCUUUUUUUACAUUAAAAGUUCUGAACUAA